GGUAUUCAGUGACCCAGGCUCGUGGUCUCCUCUCACAGGAAGAUGAAACGAUAGUAACAGGGGCCCCUAAGGACAGUAGGGAAGACGCCCGCGGCUCCGUGCUUCUGGCAGUGAAGCGCUCUGAUAAACUGCUGACUCAGCAGACGCUGCGUGGCCAUCAGACCGGAUCCUUUUACGGGAACGCCGUCGCCACCGCGGACAUCAACAAUGACGGAUGGAGUGACCUGCUGGUCGGCGCCCCCUACUUCUUCCAGAGAGACCCCGAGGUGGGGGGGGCUGUCUACGUGUACCUGAACAGAGGGGGGGGGUUUGAUCCAGAGCCCAGCCUCGUGCUGAUUGGUCCUCAGGGCUCAGGGUUCGGGAUCUCAGUGAGCAGCGCCGGAGACCUGGACCAGGACGGGUUCACAGACUUCGCAGUCGGAGCUCCUUUCCACGGAACAGGAAGUGUGAUGAUCUUCAGCGGCAGCAGGGGGGGGGUCUCCUCAGAGCCCCGACAGGUGAUCCAGGGCAGCAGCGUGUCUCCGGGGUUCAGGACGUUUGGUUACUCUCUCUCUGGAGGACAGGAUGUGGAUGGGAACAGAUACCCUGACCUGCUGGUGGGAUCUCUGGACGACCAGGUGGCUCUGCUCAGGACUCGUCCGGUCCUUCACCUAAACAAAACCAUCAGAGUCUCUCCAGAUGUUGUCGACCCAAACAACUGUGACUUCUGUAUCCAGGUGGAGGUGUGUUUCUCCUACAUGUUCAGCACCGGGGAGAGGAGCCACAGAGACAACAUCAGUGAGUACCAUCCCCCCUGUAUGUGA